AUGCUGCUGCCAAGUCCAGAGUCUGUCAGGGUCCCUGUACGGCUCCCAUUUGCUGGCGGUCUCCAUCGCCACACUCUGCCAUGUGCCACUUUUCAGGUCUCCUCACACUGCUGGUGUGUUGAAUUUUUUGACAUAGGGUGCUGGCAGAAUUACGGGCCCUCCUAUAGCUGCUGCCAGUGCCCCUAAUCUUCCAUGGGCCCCCUAUACCGCCUCCUCACUGCUGCUGGCCCAGGAUCCAUAGUCUCUCAUGGGUUCCCUGUACGGCCUCCCAUUGCUGCUGCUGUCACCAUCGCCACACUCUGCCAUGUGCCACUUUCAGGUCUCCUCACAACACUGCUGUUGUGUUUUCCAUGUUUUGUC